AUGGCCUCAGAUCAAACCUGGGAUAUCAUCAUCGUCGGCACCGGCGCCGCGGCGCUCUCCACAGCCCUCUCUGCCGCGACAUCCACUUCUUCUGCCAGCCCAUCCCCCAAGAUCCUCCUCAUCGACAAAGCCCCCUCCAGCUGGGCGGGCGGCAACGGAUACUUCACCGCAGCAGCCUACCGGACCGCCCAUAAUGGCCUGGCGGACCUCCUCCCGCUCGUGUCGAAUGUCGAUGAGGAGAUGAAAAACAAGAUCGACCUCCCCGCGUAUUCCGAGGCGGAGUUUCUGGGGGAUUUGGAGCGCGUUACGGGGAGACGGAGUGAUCCUACUCUUGGAGCAUUUUUGGUCAGGGAGAGUCUGGACACGGUGCGGUGGUUGAAGGAGGUGGGUGGGGUGGAGUGGUGGUUGAGUUUCCGACGGCAGGCGUAUGAAGUUGAAGGAAGGUGGAAGUUCUGGGGCGGGUUGUGUUUGACUGUGGAGGAGGGGGGAAAGGGGCUUAUCAGGGCUCUUUUGAAAGCCGUGGAGAAGGUGGGGUGUUCGGUGUGGUAUGAGACGGGGGCGAGGAGGGUGCUUGUUGAUGGGGAGGGGCGGGUGGGAGGAGUGGAGAUUGUGGGGAAGGAUGGGGCGGUUGUGCAGUUGAAGGCGAAGGCUGUGGUUCUCUGUGCUGGGGGGUUUGAGGCGAGUCCGAAGCUUAGGGGCGAGUGGAUGGGGAAGGGGUGGGAGUUGGCGCAUACGAGGGGCACGCCGUAUAAUACGGGGGAUAUGCUCCUCGAAGCGAUUCGUCUGGGCGCGCAGCGCGUGGGCGAUUUCAGUCCGACGGGGUGUCAUUCUGUCGCUUGGGAUGCGGAUUCGCCGAGGGAAGGGGGUGAUCGGGAGAAGACGAAUGAGUUCACCAAGUCUGGGUAUCCUUUAGGCUUGAUGCUGAACUCCGAGGGGAGGAGGUUCGUGGAUGAAGGGGUUGAUUUGAGGAAUUAUACGUAUGCGAAGUUUGGGCGCGCGAUUCUGGAGCAGCCUGGUGGUGUGGCGUGGCAGGUGUGGGAUCGGGAGGGGCAGGGGUGGUUGCGGAAGGAGGAGUAUCGGGAUGAGAUUGUGAGGAAGACGUGGGCGGGGAGUUUGGAGGAGUUGGCGGGGAAGUUGGAGGGGGAGGGGUUGAGGGAUAGGGAGGGGUUCGUGAGGACGAUUGGGGAGUAUAAUGCGGCUGUUGCGGCGUUUGGGAGGGAGAACCCGGGUGUGAAGCUGAAUCCGGCGGUAAGGGAUGGGCUUUCGACGCAGUCUAACACUAAGAAACUUGAACUGGCGAAGUCGAAUUGGGCGUUGCCGAUUCGGGAGCCGCCGUUCCUGGCGGUGAAGGUCACGUCGGGGAUUACGUUUACGUUUGGAGGUGUGAAGAUCAAUCCGGAGAAUGCGGCGGUGGUGAGGGAGGAUGGGUCGGAGAUUGAGGGGUUGUAUUGUGCUGGGGAGAUGGUGGGUGGGCUGUUUUAUGGGAAUUAUCCGGGUGGGAGUGGAUUGACGGCUGGGGGUGUUUUUGGGAGGAGGGCGGGACGGGCUGCUGUUGAGAGGGUGUGGAGGGAGAGUGGUGGGAAGGGAAGAUUGUGA